CUCUCUCUCUCUGUCAUUCUUAAACCUGUCUUUAUAACACUGUCUUUGUUUCUCUCUUACCUAUCUACCCCACUCUCUCUCACUCUCUCUUUCUCCCCACUUCAUACAUUUUCCUCUUUUCUCCCUCCUGCCACGGAUUUACUUAUUGUCUCUGUUUGUUGAACACUGCAGCUAUGCUUCGAACUAUGUGUGAUCAUGCCAGGAAACACCCUGGACUUAUUCCACAGUUUUUUUUCAUCUGCCUGGGUAUCGGAGGCGCUGCACUUUAUCUGGUUCGGCUAGCCAAGGGACCCCAUGUUACAUGGAACAAAUCCAGCAACCCGGAGCCAUGGAAUCAGCUCAGCCCUACCUAUCAGUAUAAGUUUUUAGCUAUAAACACAGACUACAAGAACCUGAAAAAGGAAGGACCUGACUUCUAAAACUCAGAAGAUGUUAACAAUCAACUUUGUCUCAAAAGAAUGGGUAUUUCAUGGAUUUUAAAUAUAGAUUAUUGUUGAUUGACUAAGAAAAUGAUUAACUAAGGUAAUGCAAUGUGGUUUUGUACUGUAAUAUACUUCCACAAAGGUAACAUAAUGAGAUAGACAAGCCUAUAUUUUGUUUUCUUUUUGCACAUAUCUACAGUAAGAUGUCUUUGUUGUUUGGAUUUUAACUGUUAUAAGAUCCAGAUUAUUAAUAAAAAAUGAAACCUAAUACA